CGUUCGUUCGUCCUAUGUGUGUGUGUCUCACUUGGCAGAGGAAAGAUGCUUGCUUGUCGGACAAAAAUCCACCACCAAAGUUCAAACAGACAGAAAAUAAUCCCUUCAGUCUGACGUGAGCGCUGAAGCUGUUCAGACUCCCUCCGCCGAUUCUCCAUCACUCAAGACUCGAAGGGGAGUCGAACGAGCUCGAUCGGGAAUUCGGCGGAGGGGAUCGAACCGGCUUUUCCCAGGGCAGCACCCAGCUGUGCCGCCAGACCGGAGUGGUGAAUUGAAACAGAGAAGACCUCAAUCAUCGUGCUCUUCGAUCGGGGACUCUUCUUGAUCAUGGUGAGCCACCGGAGCUGGGAAGAAGUCGAAGAUGAUCAACACGCCGCAGACCAAGAGGAGGAGUGAAAUUCCCCAUUUCAGCCCACUGAACCUGCUGCCAAGUGUCAAUCUUGGAAAUUGCCGGUUUGGUAAUCAUCACUGUCGCCGUGUCGAAGAAUUGGUGGGACUCCGCCAUCGUCUUUGGCCACCAACAGUACCAUUGGCAGGCGGAUUGAUAAAAACAACUGCAUCCAGCGGUGAAAUCUGGCUUUCGCCAAGUAUCAACCAUCAGCCAUCCUUGAGCACAUGGAGUUUCGAGUUUCUUCAGAAUGUCACCAUUUCCCGGCACAUAAAACCCUUUGGUCUCUGGAGACCUGGAGCAAGAUCAUUGUGCUCGCGAGCGCACUGACCCAGAAAUCGAAUAACACGUGUCGAAUUGGUUUUCUUCGAGUCGUCGAGUCCGGUGUGCCGAUGGAUGGUCAUCUUUGAUCAGUCGGAGUUAAUAUUCGGUUGUCUCCAUCCUACAACAAGGACUAGCAGGAUCAGACCGAGCUCGCCCCAUCCAUCGGGAUUAAAUACAACCUCAAAACCGAAAAAUGAAGUGCUUGGGAUUAUUGCUUCUUUCCCUCGUGGUUCGAUUUGGGACCCUCUCGGCGCAAGAGACUGCCCAAGAAACGCCCGUCUAUGCGCCAAUUCCCAACCAGGUUGAGCUUCAAGGCCGAUGGAAAGAAGACCAAUAUAAACGAAAACAUCUCUCGGACUUCCUCUACGAAGUUGGACUCGGUUGGAUCAAACGGCUUUAUGUGACUUCAGCCAGCUGGGAAAAUGAGCAGACCAUCUUUCAAAAUGGACAGGACUUCCGGAUCAACGGAUUUAGUGAGUUGGAAUAUGAAUGCUUUAUGUUGGCUAGAUUUAUACGUAAUCGAUCUGGCAGAGGGUCCAAGGCCGAGGUGUACUCUUACACGUUGGUGGCUGAUAACUCGACCAUGACCGAGGUGAAUAUGGGUGAACUGGGAGGCCCGCAAAAGACCUACUCGUAUGUGGAGGAGCAACAUUGGUGACACAUCUUUACGACAAAGAAAACGGAGCCCUCAAGUUCAUUUCCAAACGAACCGCACUCCAGGUGAGAAUAGAUGCUUGCA